AGCUGCUGCAGUUUGGAUGCGCUGGUGCGCAAAGAUGCACUGAUGUAAGAAUUACCAAGAGGAACCUCAGUGUGUAGAUAAGGAAUGUGACGCACACUCAGUGCUGCGCACCAAACCCAUCUCAGAGCCAGCAACCCAAAUCUUUCCUCCCACAGCCUCUCUGUGCUGUUCGCGGAGCGGCCACCCGCGGGGCCGUGUUUUGCUGCGUGCUGCCGGAGGAGGAGCCGUGCCCGGCCCAGCGGGGCAGCCCGUCCUGCCCGAGUUGGGCUGCCGUGCUCCCGCUCCGCGUAUUGCACGGCUGCAGGAAGUGAGCUCACAGCUCCGCACGGAGGGACGCAGCCCGUGGGCGCACAGCCCGGCAGGGCGCAGGCACCGCGCGGCCAUGGGUCGGGUUGCGCUGCUGUCCUGCCUGGGGCCGCUCUGCUGCCUCCUGCUGCUGCUGCUGGGGGGCUCCGCGGGGCUGGGGAGCCGUGGGAAGCAGCGGGGGCCGCCGGAGCGUCAGACGGAGCCGGCACCGUGGGGCAGAGCGAGGUACGAGGCGGUGAAGAAGCAGCUGCGAACCGUGUGAGCGCUCUCCAAGCAGUACUGGCAGUACCUGGCUUGCAAGGUGUGGCAGGAGGGCUGCGGGAAGGAGGAAAAGAGCAGCCCCGGGCCAGGCUGGAGUUUGCCUCUGGUGGGCCAGGAUUACCUGGAGAUCCUCUCUACCUGGUACUGCAGUUUUGGCAAGUGCUGUGAGACAGGAGACUGCAGGAUCAUCAACAACAUCACAGGGCUGGAACUGGAUCUCCACGAGCAGCUCCAUGGGCAGCACUUGGCCAAAGAAGUUGUUAUCCGGGCGGUGCGAGGGUUCCUGCAGAGCCCACAGCCACAGAAGGCGCUGGUCCUCUCCUUCCAUGGCUGGUCCGGCACAGGGAAGAACUUUGUGGCCCGCAUGGUGGCUGCUCACCUGUACCGGGACGGGCUGAGGAGUGAAUGUGUCAGGGUGUUCAUCGCGCUCUUCCACUUCCCCCACCACAACUACGUGGACUCCUACAAGGUUCAGCUGGAGAAGCAGAUACGUGAGACUAUGCAGCACUGCCAGCAGUCGCUGUUCAUCUUCGAUGAGGCAGAGAAACUUCAUUUCGGCCUCCUGGAUGUCAUCAAGCCCUUCAUGGCUCGCUCUGACAAGGGCCAGAAGGAUAAUCGGAGAUCCAUCUUCCUCUUCCUCAGCAAUAUUGGUGGCAGUGCCAUCAACGAGGUCACCCUGGGCUUCUUGCGAGCUGGACGGGCACGGGAGGAGAUCCCCAUGGAGCUCCUGGAGCAGCAGCUGCGGCUGGAGAUGCUGCAGCUUGCAGAGAAUGGUUAUGCCCGCAGCCACCUCCUUGAAGAGAACCUUGUUGAUUUCUUCGUGCCAUUCCUGCCUCUGGAGUACCACCAUGUGAAGCUCUGUGCACGGGAUGCCUUCCUGGCCCGUGGACUUCCCUACACAGAGGCAGCCCUGGAUGAGGUUGCCAGUAUGAUGGUGUUUGUCCCCAAAGAGGAGAAGCUUUUCUCUGCACAGGGCUGUAAAUCUGUAUCACAGCGCAUCAAUUACUUCCUUCCUUGAACACCAGGUGGGACUGCAUCAUCCCUGGUGAAGGUGAUUCCGUACACCAGGAGCUGCUCUCCUUGCACGAGGUCAGGCAAGCAGGUCACCCCCUGCACAGGGGCAGAAACUGAACUCCAUGUUACCCCAAGGGCUGCUUACAGGGAAGGCAGCACAUCCUGCCCAGCCUCAGGGUUGGAGUGCCAGCAGGAUGAGCUCAGCUGGGUUUUUAAGACCACAUGGUGUUUCUCACUCCCUCUUUCCACCCUGAAGCAGAAGUUUGGUUGUGCUGACAGGUGCUUACUUAGUUUCAUGUGAGUGGGGGUAUCAUCAGUUUGUUUCUACUUAGCGAGGGCCCAGGCCAGACUGAUCCAGUCCACAGCUUCCUCAGUCACAUACAGAAAGCAACUGCUUCAUCUCUACCAGCGUAGAUGUUAAAUGAGAUGUUAAAUCUACAGCCUUUUGCUCUGGAGUGACCUUCCCUCCCCUCUCUUGGUCUUUUGUUCCGUGGAAGCAGCUGUGGGACAAGGUGAGCUCCUGCUGAAAUCACUUCUCAGCCAUUUGGUGAAGAGCACGUUUACUGCAUUGCAGGACCUGGUUUGGGGAGAGAUGGACAUGGGCAAAGGGCAGCUGAGGAGGACAGUGGGUGAAAGAACAGGUUGCAAUUGAAUUCUGGUUUUCAGAGCUGGAAUAAGAUGGUUUUUUUUCUUUUCCCCCCACUAUGCUGUGGGGUUUUGGCUGGUAUCAGCAUUACUACACCAAGGAGCUGUUUGCUGUCUGGGUACUUGCCAGGUGAUAAGAAUGUUAGGGCAGGACCGAAAUAUUUCAACAGUGAUACAGGAAUCGCUUUGUGACCUGUAGGUCAAAACUCCCUUCCAACACAGCUGCUGCACAUCGAGGUGAAUCAGCAGCUGCCAAGGACGGCUCGGCUUCCUCAUGUGCAGACCUUUGAUCUAUUUUAAGUCUGGAACCUCUCAGCAGUGCCAGUGCUGAGCUGCACCGCUGCAGGGACAGGCUGAGCACUGCUCUGCAGCCUCUGAGGUGCAGAUCUAAUCUGAUUGUGUGAUCCAAGGCAGGGAGCUGAGCCGGCUGCUCAUCUUCUUCUCUCUGUACUAAGUUAGCUUAAGCCUGGCUGCUGUCUCAAGGCCGGACCUAAGUGUUAUGUCUACUUUUAUCAGGCUCAUGGAUGGUUGUUUGAUCACACUCAUCAGUCCUAGAAACAGCACAGAGGUGCCCAAGGGAAGGCAGCUCUUCAGUGCGGACAGAACAGCACAGUCCAGGCUCUGCUUUACAACCAGCUGAUCUGCUUGGUCACUUGUGUAAGCCAGCGUGAGGUCUGUAGCUUUUUAAGUAACUGGCUUUGGGUGAGCACAGUGCGGGUUCAAAUGUGCUUUAAACAGAAAAUAAAGCAAUGUCUAGGCAAGGGGUUGUGGUUUUUUGCCAAUAAAAUAUUGCAACCUUUAUUUAAAACAAAAUGCAAAUUGGCAAAACUUUGUGGAACGACAGGCAAAGAGGCCCUUCCGAGGGCCCUAUUUACAUCAAGUUUAACACUGUUCGUAGUUCACAGUCAGACGAUAGUGAGAGAAUUAAAUUAGAAAAACAACCAAAAUAUAUUACAAUAACAAUUAAAAACAAAACAGUUGA